AAACUAUAAAAUUUAGGGGUUAAACAGGGACAAAAACCUCCGAAUUCUAAUGCGUCACCCUCUCUUGCACUCACAUUUCCACGGCAAUUAGUCAAUUACUCUCCCUUUUACAUUCCAUUUUCACAGCAAAACAAUCUGAAAUCUGGAUUUUUUUGCAACCGAUCGACGAGCAGACGUGGAUUAUAGCGUUUCUUGAGGCUGCUAAAUUUCAACAUGGAGAAAAUUUCUUUUAAAAAAAUGAGACAGGAACAAAACUCAAUUACUCAAGCGAGCAGCCCCAAAUUGUCUAGUUUUGUCUUAGAUGGAAGCAGUGUCUCUCAACAGUGAGCCAAUUUUUGGGGAGGGUGAAGAUUUCGAAGAUGGAGACUGUGACAAGCUGGAAUAUGACAACGAAGUUCACAAAUCACAGUUUAAAAAAGAACCCUUACCUCCCACAGUCGGUUUGGAGUUCGAGUCUUUUGAGGAAGCUUAUGACUUCUACAAUGUCUAUGCCAAGGAUCAAGGAUUUGGCAUCAGAGUGAGCAAUUCAUGGUUCCGAUCAAAAAGAAGGGAGAGGUAUAGAGCAAAACUCAGCUGCAGCAGUGCUGGUUUCAAGAAAAAAAGCGAAGCAAACAAUCCGAGGCCAGAAACAAGAACAGGUUGUCCUGCAAUGACAAUCAUAAAACUUGUGGAUGCUAAAAGGUGGAGAAUAGUAGAAGUUGAGCUUGAACACAACCAUCCAGUGAACCCAGAGAUCAAACGUUUUUAUAAGUCGCAUAAAAAGAUGUUUCUCGCUGCCAAGAAAGCACAGCAGUCCGAACCUAUCAAAGAAAUACAUACUAUUAAGUUAUACCAGACAGCUGUUAUAGAUGCUUCGCGUAAUGGACAUUUCAAGACAGAUGAGAUUGAUGGUCAAACACCUGUUGAUCACUCUAAGAAUCUAGAACUCAAAGAGGGGGAUGCACAUGCAGUCUAUAACUACUUUUGUCGUAUGAAGCUGACAAAUCCUAACUUCUUUUAUUUGAUGGAUCUUGAUAAUGAGGGGCACUUGAGAAAUGUGUUCUGGGCGGAUGCUAGGUCAAGGAUUGCAUAUUAUUACUUCUCUGACACAGUUGCAAUCGACACAAUGAGCUUGUCAAACAAGUAUGAAGUACCUCUGCUUUCAUUUGUGGGUGUAGACCAGCAUGGACAAUCUGUCUUGUUGGGAUGUGGCUUCCUUGGACAUGAGUCAGUCGAGUAUCUUAUCUGGAUGCUUAAGGCAUGGCUUACAUGUAUGCUGGGGCAGUAUCCCCGAGUUAUUAUUACUGAGCAGUCCAAACCCUUACAUGUAGCGGUUUCUGAAGUUUUCCCCCAAGCUCGUCAUUGUUAUAAUUCCUCCUAUAUUAUGCAUCGUGUUCCUGAGAAGUUGGGUGGAUUAAAAGGAUAUGAAACAAUCAAAAGGCAACUGAAUAAAGCAGUUUAUGAUUCCUUGAGGAUAGCUGAGUUUGAAACUUCCUGGUGGGAGAUGAUUAGUCAACAUGGCCUCAGGGAUAAUAAAUGGCUUCAAUCACUAUAUCAAGACCGAGAAAGGUGGGUGCCGGUUUACCUCAAGGACACUUCUUUUGUGGGAAUGCUUCCAAUGAACGAGCGAGAGGGGUUGAGUGCAUUUUUUGAUGGUUAUGUACAUAAGCACACAUCUUUUAAGGAAUUUCUUGAUAAGUAUGAUCUAGCUCUUCAAAGAAAGCACUUGAAAGAAGCAAUGGGAGAUUUUGAGUCCAGAAACUCAUGCUUCGAGUUAAAAACAAAAUGCAAUUUUGAAUUGCAGCUCUCCAAGGUUUAUACAAAGGAAAUAUUUAAUAAAUUCCAAUUUGAAGUCGAGGGGAUGUAUUCUUGUUUUAACACAAGGCAAGUGAAUGCUAAUGGACCAAUACUGACAUUUGUUGUCAAAGAAAGGAUCGAGGUUGAGGGAAAUGAGAAGGAGGUUAGGCAUUAUGAGGUUCUGUAUGAGACAACUCAAAUGGAAAUACGUUGCAUUUGUAGUUUGUUCAAUUUGAAAGGUUAUUUAUGCCGGCAUGCCUUGAAUGUCUUGAAUUAUAAUGGUGUAGAAGAAAUCCCUUCAGAAUACAUUCUGCGACGGUGGAACAAAGACUAUAAGCGCAGUUUCCACAUAGAUAAUGAACUCAGUGUAACUGACGUGGAUGGUCCUGUUCAAUGGUAUAAUCUUUUGUGUAGACAUGGCAUUGAAGUUGUUGAAGAAGGGGCACAGUCUCAAGAACGUUAUCAGGCUGUAAUGCAAGAAUUGGAUGGGUUGUUGACUAAAUUUACAGUUGUAGAUGAAAGUUUUAUGUGAUUCUACCUUGCAAUUUUGAACGAUAUGCUCUGAUAGAUGUGGAAGUUGGAAAUUGAUAAUGAGAUGGCAUGCCUAAUAAGUUUGUUUGGCUGCGCUUAUUGGAGUCAUCCUGCUACUCGUUCGUUUAAACUUAAUGUGGAUGCGCUGUGCAUGUUGAUAAAGGUCUUAUUGGAAUGGAUGCAGUUGUUUGUACAGAAAGUGAUCCUUUCGGUUGAAAAGGAAUUAUGGUUUAACGCCCAACUCUCUUGCCUACGAGGAUGUAGUGCUCUUCUUCGGGAGGUUAAGUGAUCUUGUCAUUUUUAUUCCGAGUGCCAAAGAAUACUUGUAGCCAUACUUUGCUUCUUUUGCUACUCAAUUGUCCAGUACUGGCGUGAAUCUGUCACUUGGUAUCUUUCCCAA